CGGCGUAAUCAUGGAUGUGUUCGGCUUUCUCAAUCUAAACGAACUCGCUCUGGGGCUGUCAAACCUCUCCAUGUUCCCCUACUUCGACAUGGCGCAUUAUAUCAUAUCAGUGAUGAGUUUGAGAGAGCAGCCAGGAGCGCUGGAGGUCUCUCAGCGCAGUCCGUUCGCGUGUUGGUUCAGUUCGAUGCUGUAUUGUUUCGGUGGAGCUGUUCUCUCAGCGCUGAUGAUGGCAGACGCACCGGUCGCUCCGCUGUCCAACACCACCAACCUGCUGCUCGCCUCGCUCAUGUGGUAUCUGGUGUUUUAUUGUCCUCUGGAUGCCGUGUACUCGCUGGGGUCCGUCUUGCCCGUGCGUCUGGUCUUGACGGCGAUGAAGGAAGUGACCCGUACCUGGAAGGUUCUGGGCGGAGUCACACAAGCAGGAAGGAAGUACAAAGACGGUCUGUUUGUGAUGAUCGCGGUGGGCUGGGCUAAAGGAGCCGGCGGAGGACUCUUGAGUAACUUUGAGCAGCUGGUUCGAGGCGUCUGGAAACCAGAAACCAACGAACUGCUGAAGAUGUCAUACCCGACUAAGGUGACGCUGCUGGGAUCCGUUCUGUUCUCUCUUCAGCAGUGCAGCUUUCUCCCGAUUCAGACGCAUCAGCUGAUCUUCAUCUACACGCUCUUCAUCGUCACCAACAAGACGCGGAUGAUGUUGUUGGGUUCAUCGUCGUAUCCGUUUUCAUCGGUGGAGUCUCUGCUCUACAAGACUCUGUUUGUUCGACCUUUGACCUUUUCACCUCUGACCGACCUGACCCCGAGCUGCAACAAACCCAACGGAUCGGCUUCCAACAAACCGGACCAAACCAACCCCAAAGACGCAGAAGACACCAAAAAGACGGACUGAGUCCUGACGGAGAACAGAAGCCCGACGGUUUUAUUGUAGCAAAGAAACUUCUUGUUUGUCAAACUUUUCUACACGUUUCCUGCUGAUGAUGUUUUAAAACGCACAGAUGCUCUUUUUAUCUUGAUAUCUGAUAUGUACAUAUUUGCUUGAUUCACAGAGAAUUCUAUUCUUUUCUAUCCUGUAAUGGUGAGGAUAAUAUAUUUUAAUAAUAUUUAUAAUGCAAUUAUGAAUGCAGUGGAAUGCUGAACCUGUUUUACUGUAAGAUGUUUUGAAUGCAGGAAUGAUUGAAUAUAAUUCACUCGCUCUGACUCGUCUGUCUUCAGUUUGUUGUGUUGUGUUGUGUUGUGUGUGUGUGUGUGAAAAACAUUUGUCAAUGGAGAAUCAGUGAUGAGCUCCAGCUUCAGGUUUGGUCUAAGUGCUGCAUUUAUUUACAGGAAUCAUCCAGGAUGAAUUCAGCGUACAGGAAAGUUGAAAAUGUGCUCACCCACAGGCCAUUCGAGUUUCUUCAUCAGGUUUGUAGAAAUGUGUCUCUGCAUCAGUGUCUCAGCAAUGGAUGCUCUGCAGUGAAUGGGUGCCGUCAGAAUGAGAGUCCAAACAACUGAUAAAAACAUCACAAUAAUCCACAAGUAAUCUACAUCCACUUAUGUUUUGGCUUGUAAACGCUGCUUGAUCUGCAGAUUUCUCUCCUGAUUCAGACCAGAACACUUGUUCACUGGAGGAAGCGUUAUUAUGGAUUAUGGACUCAAUGUAUUAUAGUUAAAAACUGUCUUAAUGCAGGAUUUGUUUCAGCUUUUGUCUUCUCCAGAUGUUAACUGAUGGACUGGAGUGGUGUGUAUUAUUGUGAUGUUUUUAUCAGCUGUUUGGACUCUCAUUCUGACGGCACCCAUUCACUGCAGAGCAUCCAUUACUGAGACACUGAUGCAGAGACACAUUUCUACAAACCUGAUGAAGAAACAAACUCAUUUAAAGCUAGAAUGGCCAAAAGUUGAGCACAAUUUCACUUUUCUGGAGAACUGUUCAUUUAAGCUCCAUGUACAUCUGUGACAGGCUGCCAAAAAUCAUUUUCAAUGCAUGGUUCCAAAAUAAAUAAAUAAAUAUAUA